GACGUCCAGAGUCGUUCGUUCUACAGUAACAGAAAAUUCUUGAUGAUUGACAUUUUAAGGGGAUUAAUUAGUGCACGAGUGUUUUCGGGAUGGCAUAUUAUGUAAUAUUGAAGGCGAUAGUGGUAUUUUAUCAAUAUACUGUUAUAGCUACCACUUGUGAAAUAAAUUUUUUUUGCAAUAACGGAUACUUAAAUUGGUGGAAGAUAGGGAAGAGUGUUGUUUGAAAUUAUGGUAAGAAUUUCAACUUUUAUUUAAAUAAUGUUAUGAAAUGCUUUCUACGUAUCCGUUAGAUUCGAAUUUUCGGAUAGCUGGUUGAAAAUAAAUUGUGGUGAGAAGAGUUGAUGUGGGGUGUAGAUGUCAACAAUCUCUUCGAAUGCUGAUAUCAAUACCAAAUAUCAACGGGUCGCUGCUGAAUAUGCCAAGUUGAAAGCUCAGAUACCUACGUUGAAGAAUGCGGUUAUUGCGGAACAAGCAAAAAAUGAAAAAUUAUCGAUUGAUUUGCACAAUAGCAAAUUGGCAUUGCGGAAACUCGAAAAUGAAAAGGAAGGAUUUGAAUUUCGGAAUAGCCAGCUGGUGAAGCGGGUCGAAUCAUUGCAAAAUGAAAUCGACAAUGUUAAACAAACAUCUGUUAAGAAACGAGGACUGUUGUUUCAAAAGAAUACGCGUGUAGAACGUUCACUUGAAUUAGAUAAUGGAAUUCUACAAAUGGAAUUGCAGAAGAAAGUGGCAGAAAAUGAAACACUGCAUAAGAAGAUUUCCGAACUGGAAAACGAGUAUAUGGAAACAACGGCAGCUCUUAAUGAACAGUAUAGGACUCUGGAAAUUGAAAAUGGAAAGCUGAAAGAAGAACUUAAAGGGAUAAGGAUGAAUGUAACAACUAAUCAAACGUUAUCCAUGAAUUGUGGUAUGGAAAAACAGUCUGAAAUCCAGUUAGUUCCUGCAAAUAUAUCAGUGUUGGAAGCUGACGCUGCAAUAAGUCAAAAUAUGAUGUUGCAUUCUGAAGGAUCUGUCACUAUGAAGGAGACAUUGCAAGUUUUAUGGCUUGAUGCGUUACGUAUGGCAAAAAUGCUAGCAGCUGGAUUUGCGAAUUUAUUGCAGUUGUUUGAGCAACGCUCCACAAUCUAUCCAAAUGAUAGUAACAUGGAAAAAUUACCAGAGAGGACACUUUUGUAUGGACGCCGGCUGUUAUCAAGUUGUGAUAUGUUUGGAGCUUGUUCAAGUAGUAUUGAAAAUAUUCUGGUGAAGAACGCUAAGGAUGACUGCUGUGACUUGCCUUCUCAAUGCUCGGAAAUUAUUUCAGUUAUCACUGGCGCACUGAUUUCUUGUCGGGAAUGGCAAGAAUUGUUCUGUGAAAAUAAUAUUGAUGAAAAUCGGGUGUCGUGGUGUGGGACAAAUCUGAACAAAUGUAAUGAAGAUUGGACUACUUCAUUUCUUACAGUCAUUCGAUUUCUCAUUGCUCUUUCUCGACAAAUUGAGUGCAGCGAUGAUCAGUCUACAACGGAAUUAUUUGCACUGAUCGAAAAAUUGAAAACGUCGUUAGCAGAUUGCAGUCGUGCUUAUACAGCAAAAAUUUUCAACGAAAAUCGUAUCCCAACAGCUACGAAACGGUUACGCUGUGUCAAUGAAUGUAUAAACAAUUGUUUGAUAUCGUUGCAUCGCAAUUUGAAUAGCUUUGCUGCAUUUGUACAGCUGAUAAUGAGCUCUAGUCAACUAAAAGAGGAAAACGUUGUUCCCGAGAGUACAGAAGUUGCGUGCCCUCCGUUGGAUUCUGUAUUGUCAAAUAAUGGUAUGAAGGUGAUAGCUAACAAAAACGGUGGCGAAAUUGAGCAUGAGGAGGAACAGAUGUCAGAAAGCAAAUGUCAACGAUCAGCUGCUGAUUUUUGGAAAUCCGAAAUGGAAUUAGCAACGAAAAGGAUUGUUGAACUAGAAAAAGAAAAAGAGCGGAUCGCUUUGAAUUAUGAACUUCUUAAAAUGAAAUUGGAGUCAGUGAAGUCUUUGGAAUCUGGAAAUGCAGUGUCGGAAUUUCCUUGUAAGGAUGCAGAUGUGAUUUGUUCAUAUUUCGAAGAACGAAUUGGUGAAUUACAUGCUGAUAUCGAGCAUGUUCGUAGUCGAGCUUUCUAUUAUAAAUAUGAGUGUAAAGAUCUGCUCAAAUUAGCCAAGCUGUCAAAGCAAGAAAAUAAAGCGCUACGCGAAGAACUAGGCCUUGUAACUGCCAGGGAAUCAGCAUUGAAGGAGGAGCUAGAAGUGACACGGAAAAGCUAUGAAGUGCAGUUACAAAACUUGCAUGAACAUAUUGCCAAUUUGAAUAUUCAGUUAGACGAGCAAUCGAAAGCAAUGAAUUCUUUCAAAGAUGUGUUGAAUGGAGUAACUUCAACUAAACAGAAUUCUGGAAAACCGCUCCUCAAAUGAAGAAUAAUAUCUGAAGGAGAUUGAUAAUUAGUGCCUGCAUAUGUGUACAUUUAGAAGAAAUUUUAUUCGGGAACCUUGUCUGACAUUGAGUCUGAUAUGUACUAUGAGAGCAGAAAUGAGAGAGCGUUUGGAUAUUGGUACUGAAGGGAAGACAGUAAUCAUUUCAAGUUCAGCGCAAUCUCAUCCAAUUAGUUUCAUCUCUGAAUACAGAAGGAUAAUGAUAGUAAAAGGAGGACAAGUGAGGCAAAGAUACAGAAAUAAAUUGUCGGGUUCUUAACCGGG